AUCAGAUUCACCCAUCCAUAACUUGACGAUGAUAUUUGUGUACGACGUGCAUUGCGACGUCAGUGAAUAUCUCUUUUGUUAUUUCCCAUAUCUAAAGGGUGUUGAAAUGAACUUUGGCGUUAUUACACCACACAACAAAACUGGAACAAUUUGGAGCGUCAAACACGAACAUGAAUUUAAAUGCUGGACUAAACAUGAGUAAAAUCUUCCGAGGUCUGAAAAACCUUCGUCAGCUAGACCUGCGAAAGCUUUUCAUUCAUAAACUUCCGCCAUCUCUUUUGAAAGAUCAAACACAUUUAUCCGGUCUUUAUCUUGAGAACAACUAUUUAUCUUCUAUUCCAUCUGCAGUGGAACCUUUACUCAACCUAACGCAUUUAUAUCUUCAAUCUAACAAAAUUUCGUCAUUGAAACACUCUGAUUUUCACACACUCCAGAAUCUAAAAAAAGCGCAGAUCUUUAUCAAAGGAAACCCUUUAAAUUGUGAUUGUUUACACAUCUCCUCACUUCGAUGGAUGAAAAAAAAUCAGCAUCUCUUUGGAGAUUUGCAUAAAACUGAAUGCAUGGAAAUAUCAUCCACAAUUUCAAAACUAUUCGAUGAAGAAACUUUUGCAGAAUUUGAGAAGAAAUGCCAAUCUCAAAUGUGGUUACUUUUUUCUUCCUCUGUGUUAGUUUUAAUAAAUGCCUCAAUCAUUGUAUCAGCGCUUCUAAAGAGAUACCGCGUGCAUGUGGACUACAUUAUUCUGCGUAUUCGUAACAGAUUGAAAGGUAUACAUUUGCCCAAGAACAAAAACUUUGAGUUCGAUGCCUUCAUAUCAUACGCUGAAGAUGACUACAUGCUGGUGACGUCAACCCUUUAUCAAGCCCUGACAAAUUUAGGUUUUGAAAUAAGCCUACCUGAUAAAGACUUCAUCCCCGGAAGGUCAAAGGUGGACCAGCUUGUACAAUCUAUUGACCACAGUCGAAAAGUCGUUUUCAUCAUUACAGAAAACUUUCUAAAGAGUGGCUGGAAUUCGUACGCCGUCCAGAUGGCGGUGACCCAUGCCUUUCAUAACCACCGAAAACGGUCCAUCAUAGUGAUUAUCAAGGACAACAUUCCAAUAGAAAGAAUGCCAAAAGACUUGCAAUAUAUCUGGUGGUGCAUAUCGAGCAUAAGGUGGCCAGAUACUUUAGAACUGAUGGAUAGUUUUUGGGAAGAUCUUGCUACAACCUUGGCCUCAGUUUGAAAUAUGUGAAGCUCAUUUGAAAUUCAUUUAACAAUCACAUGUUAAAGAGGAAUUUAUUGGUCUCACUGAGAAAUGGAAUUUGUAGUCAAUGUAGAACUAUGUUCAAAUGUAGAAUUUUUAUUACUUUGGUUAAUGUUGUAUUUCAUCAGAAAAUUAUAUACAUGCAAAAAUUUCCAGCCUGUGUAUCGAGUUUCAACUUCACUAAUUUUACAUCUGCAUGUACAUUACAGUUUUAUUUUUCAUUGUCGAGUAUUUUCGUUUUAGGAUGCUUCAUAUUAAUAAAGUACUUUUUUCACAUACA